CAGGCGUCCUCCUCCGGCCCCGAGGGCCCCGCCGGAGCUCCGUCGCGCGCCGGGCAGACGCCCUGACACCCCGGCCGGUGGCACCAUGAGACCGAGGGGAUGCGCGGCGGGGCUGGUGGCGCUGCUGCUCUUGGCACAGCUCCGCCCCGGGAGCAGUCAGUGGGGCCCGGCGGAGGCGGCGGCGGCGGCGGCCGGGGUCCGGGACCCGCAUCUGCGAUGGAGCCCCGCGACGCGGAGCCAGCGCGGCGGAGCCCGUGCGCUGCUCUUGCUGCUGGCCGAGCGCUUCCCGCGCCCGGCGGGGCCCGCGCGGUGGGAAUCCGAGAGCUCCAGCGAGCGGCCGCGACGGGACGACCCUCCGCCGCUGUCCAUCGACCUCACCUUCCACCUGCUGCGGACGCUGCUGGAGCUCGCGCGGACUCAGAGCCAGCGGGAGCGCGCCGAGCAGAACCGCAUCAUAUUCGACUCGGUGGGCAAGUGA